ACUUCCCUUUGCCAGACAACUCAACAUUCCAAAUGACAUGACAUGUGAUCGAGUAUUCUGAAGUUAAGGAAUUUACCGAGUGUCUUCUUGGAGGAAUGCCCCAUACGGACAAGGAGCUUGGUGACAACUAUCGCACAGUUCAUCCCAUCGUUCUGGAGUCAUCCGAGGAAUGCAUUGAGCCAUCGGAACCGCGCGCACGUUGGUGGUCAGGUGGCGUAGCCUCCACCUCCGUCGCUUGCUUCGUGGCACCCAUAGAUCUGGUCAAGUCCCACAUGCAGACGCAAGUUACAAAGAAGGGAAUGGUGGAAACAGCCGCAAAGGUGAUUCGACUGAGAGGUUUUAUGGGCUUCUACGAUGGCUUCUCGGCAACUGCCCUGCGGCAGAUGACUUGCACCAAUAUCCGUUUUGGCAUUUAUGAAGCCGGCCGCUAUGCAGAGCCCAUACGUGACAAUCACUUCGCCAAACUGGCACUGGCCGGAUUUGCCGGUGCGGUGGGUUCGAUCUGCGGCAUACCCACGGAUCUGAUCAAUGUCCGAAUGCAGAAUGACAUGAAGGAGAGCGAGGCUGAACGACGCAACUAUAGGCACGUCUUCGAUGCCCUCAUCCGAAUACCCAGGGAGGAGGGCUGGCGGGCCUUUUACGCUGGUGGAACAGCGGCGGCACUCAAGGCCUCGGUGGGCACCUGUGGGCAGUUAGCGCUCUACGAUAUUGUCAAAACAGAGUUGAGCGAAACCUUUGAUAUGGAAGACGGUUUCGUGCUGCACUUUGACAGCUCCCUGAUAUCCUCGAUCUUCUCGUCCAUUAUCUCGCAUCCCUUCGAUGUGCUGAAGACCCUGAUGAUGAAUGCCCGACCCGGGGAGUUUCGUAGCGUUUUCCAUGCCUGCCAUUACAUGAUGAGGUUUGGCAUUCUCAGCCCUUUUCGCGGCCUGGCUCCGACCAUGUUGCGCAAAGGUCCGGCCACCAUAAGUCUCUUUAUUAUCUACGAACAGCUGAGGCUACGCUUUGGCUAUGUGGAGGAUUAAUAAAGCGAGUGAG